AUGUCCAACUUGAACGAAGAAUACGGUCCGGAAGACAUGGCCUGGGUCGCGGCCGAUGUUCAGAUGAGGGAAGAACGAGAUCUGAACCUUGCCCUUGAAGCGAGUCGAGCUUCCACGAUGACCGGGGUACCACCGCGUCCAACGAGCGCUAGGGUCACAAGACCAUCCGAGGUUGAGGACGAGGAGGUUCUUGUUGCGCUUUCCGUCAGCCGGGUAGUGACAGUAGAGGCGGACCGGAAACGCAAUGCUGAGGCAGAGGCGGACCAACAACGACUUCUCGAAGCUCAAAAGCAGUCGGAGCUUGAAGCCCUAGCUGCCGAUCAGCAACGCAAUACUACCCGGAAAGCUGAACUACAGUCUCUAAAAGAUGAGCGUGCUCGGGCUCAAGCUGCACGAUUACGCCAAGAGAUCUUGGAUCAAGUCAUCGUCGAGAGCAAGGUAGCAGCCGAGACUGAGCAGCGGCAACAUGAACAAGAGUCUGCGCGCCUUCAGGAGGCAUACGGUUUGCGCGGCUUGAGUGAAGACGAGCAGCUGCAGAUGGCUUUAAGACAAAGUCAAGAUGAAGAGCAUUCUCGGGAAGUUGCACAGGUCGGGCAACUUCGAGCGGAUAUGCUACGCUGGGUAAACCAGCAAGGACAAACUUCUGCACCAUCAGGCGAGCCAUCGGCUACCCAGCAUCCAGAAGACCGUCCAUUUUUGGGGGCAAUGGGGUCAUAUCCUCCAGGUCCGGUCACUGAGCAGCAACAAAGGAGCGUGGCCGAUGCUCAGGAGGUCAUUGACAACCCGAAUGUACUCUAUCGGUCUUUAACACCGAUCUCAGAGGCAUCCGCAUCGCGAACAGCAAGUCUGCGAUCAGCGACACAUUCCCGAGCCCAAAUCCCUGGCCGUAUCGUCGUCCCACACACGAUGGAUCACAACAGGGUGGAUGCGACAAUUUUACACCCACCGGGCGGAGUUCCUACGCCACCGGCCUCCGAAAGAAGCAGAUCGUCCAUCCGAUCGGUUUCCUCAGGCCGUCCACCGUCGUAUCAGACGAUAGAAGAGAACCCUGCGCGGAGAGUGGAGUCGUUUGAAGUACCCCAUGAUAUCCCGAACGGGUUGCAGACUAGUGAAGAGCCUCCCCGAUAUCCCGGCGCUUAUCCUCCGUCUCCUUCCCAGGCCGGUUCUGCGGCUGCUAGUACGGUGCUCGAUUCAAGGCCGAUCGCUAGGACGCCCUUACUUCCAGGAGCAUACCCUCCAUCUUACGCGAGCAGUAGAGCACCUCGCAGCGUGGCGAGAGCAUUUUCUGAGACGCCUGUGCAAGAAAGUGUCGUGUCUCGACGCCCGUUGGGUAACAGGGGAUCCAGCAAUGUGUCUUCAGUGUCCUCAUUCCAGGGCCAAACUGCUGGUAGCAGUCAUCUGCAGGGAGUCAAUGUGUCUACGCAAAGCGAUUCGUUCCCUGGCGCAUAUCCGCCAUCGUCGCAAGCAAGUGGUGUACCGAGUCGGCUGAAUACGGUAUCGUCCGGAGGGACAUUCUUCACAGCCCAGGAAACGCAGGCACCUCAGCGCGUUUCAACACCUCAGGUCACUCUCUCCGAUCUCUGGAAUCAUCAAGGCCGAGAUGGUUAUCAGCGGGAAGGACCAGAACCUCGUCCGUUCACACCCGUUUCCUCUUCUGCACAUUCAAGCGAAGCUUCAUCCGCUAUUCGACCACCGUCGUCUCGCACUUCUCAGGGGAGUGUUGUGCGUAAGCCUGUUGCAAGACCUCAGCACGCUACUUCCGUUGCUGCUGAGCACCUACCGCCAGCCACUGCUGCCGAUGCUGUCAGUUCGUCGGACGUGAUCUCGUCUGGCUUGCGGCAGGACCCGGUAACAAACGUCUUUAACGCUCCGGUCAGCGUGAUCAUCAACAACUUUCCCGAAGCGCCCAAGUCCUCCCAGAAUCUGUUGAAGCAAGUCUUCAAUAAGAGCAGGCAGACUAACAAGGGCAUCAAAGUUGUCGAGCAGAAAGGGCCAGGGUUCUACGUCAAGGGUAUAGCUGAAGCAGCACUGAAGAGUGGCACAACAUAUGUCAAUAAGAAGACAGGCUGGUUACAGCCCAAGUCCUCUUCCACGGCUGAACAGUCUAUACUUAGGGAGUUUGAGGGAACAGGUCGAGCAUAUGUACCCCCAUUCGUGGACACGGGCAGCGUUGCUAGUCCUUUCCCGUCGAGACAGCCUUUGCACGUCAUGAACCCAAGUUCAUCGCGUUCGACUCCCACGAUCCCAGCGACGCCAACGGUACCUGAGGCCUCUCAUCAAAUGAUGGCGACGAGCAUUACGCCUCGAAGGUCAUCACGCUCGGUUCUGAGCAUGCCUGAGACGAGCUGGCCACUGAAAACAGAAUUGCCUGGACGACAGAGUGAUGAGCUCGCCACUCCUCGGCCAUCUACAUCGCAGCGGUCGGUGACGUCACCUUCACUGGCAGCGAUGACACAGUCGAGGCCAAUGUCGCUGGAUCAAUCGACUGUGUCCCAGAUCUCGGACGUGAACGGUAAUGCCGUGACUCCGCCUAGCGUUUGUCAAUCGAGAGUGAGAAGCUCGAUGGACAACGAUAGUUUCAGGUGCGGUUCUGAACUCCGGCCUGAGCCCCUGAACGUGCGCAAGCAGCCUCCUCCUGUGCCACCAAAGCCUUUGGAGUUGGCGAGCCCUAUGACGCGCACGACACGUCCUCCGCCUCCUCCUGCGAGCCGCAACCCGAUGACGAGGCGUAUGCUCAGCGAACAUGGAGAAGGGCCUGGGUGGGUACAGCAACCAGUGCAUCUUUCCGUCAUGAAUCCGACCCAAGGGCCAAUGAUGGGCUCGCCAGACUCCAUGACGGUGACACCACCAACACCUCGGCGGAUCAACGUCGAUUUGAACCGGCGCAGUCAAUUUGGGCCAAUCGACACGAGCCUGGCGAACGUGCCUCCCGGUGAACGUCGUAUCGACGAGUUCAACUCGCGAUCGAUGAUGGAUUUGGGCAUGAUGGGCCAAGUAGGUAAUCCUGCGAUAAUGGAGCCAUUGCGUGGACAGUACGAGCAGACCUAUGCCCGUCCACCGCACGUGCAGCAGGAAAGGCUGAACUCGGAUGCGAGGGCAAGAAAGAAAGAGAAGGACACGCAGAAGGCUUUGCGGAAGCAGUUUUGA